GAGAGCGAACGAGCCAGCGGGAGAGCGAACGAGCGAGUGAGAGAGCACCCGGCCAGGAGCUGUCCCCGUCCCUGUCCCCACCCCCCAGAGCUAUCAAAGCUGCUGGCCCUCUGCUGCCUACGCGCAGCUGGCCCUUCAGAAGAGAGGAAGGAGAGGCAGGAACGUGAGCAGCGAGUCUAUGCUCCCUUAUUACACAGCAGCCAGUGGGUGCGCUGUGGGCAUGUUCAACACAUCCAUGCGGGAGCUGCAGAAGCACUUGUACAAAGGGGAAUACUAUGCCUUCAAGUACGCCCCCAUGUUCGAGAGCAACUUCAUCCAGAUCAGCAAGAGAGGGGAAAUGAUUGGCAUACAUAACCAGGCAUGCAUGGUGACCGUGGGCAUUGCAUCCACCAGCCCGAUUAUGCCUUUGCCCAAUGUCAUGCUGUUAGCCCGGCGCGUGGCAUAUGUUGAGGAUCAGCCCCGUCCAGAGGCCAGCUCCAGGAGCAAGAUGCAGCACCCCCACUCUUCAAAGACCCUGGAGUUCACCAGGCUACUCCCCCUGGAGUUUGUGAAGAUUUCUGUCCACGACUGUAAGAAGCAGCAGCUUCGGCUGAAACUGGCCAGCGGGAGAUCGUUCUACUUGCAGCUCUGCCCACCCUCCAAUGCCAUGGAAGACAUCUUCUCCUACUGGGAGAAGCUCAUCUACCUCCUUCGGCCACCUGCCGAGGGCUACGGCAGCACCCAUGCCAUCCCUGUUGGGGAUGGGGUCGAGGUGCCUGUUUUCAUAGCCAAAGAGAAAUUUCCUAUGAGUCGAGCCACAGAAGGACCCAAUUUGGGCCUGCAUGCCUCUGAGGGCCUCAUCACUCUGCUAUAUUCUCUAAUCACCUAUGCUAGAAAAUGGGGGUGAGGGGGAAAUGAUGAAUGAUUUGAUGAAGUGUUCUAGGCCCAACCCUUUCAGCAAUGACAGGCCUCUGCCCUAGGGUCCACAGGCUAGAAGGAAGGAGGCCUUGAUUGCCAACCCCAAUCCUGGCUAGGAAAAUGGGGGAGGGUUGGGAAAGAUGUGCCUUCUUUUAGGAAUCAGUCCCCCCACCCCACCCUAUGCACGGUCACAACACACCAGAACAGACACACGUGUUCCAUGUCCUGGAAUUCCCUGGGGCUUCCUCAGUUUCCUUCUCCAAUCUAAUGGGGUAGGAGGAUGGCUCCUGACCCUAGGAUGUUUAUGACCUGACCUUGCCCCGGGCCUGCCUUUUACGAUCUUUCCUCUUCUGCCCCUCGCACUAUGGGCCCCAGUCCCAGGAGCCUAUUCUGCACAGCAAAGGGGAGCAGGAUAAAGUAAGUAUCAAGAGUCUUCAUGUGUUGUCUGACAUUCCUGGCCAGGACAAGAUGGCAGUAAAGCCGGAAAUAAUCAUGGCGGCUGCAGCCGGGAAGGGCUUCCCUAGCCCAGGAGGCAUAGAGAAGGACCUGCUG